AUGUUUUCGUUUCCUGACCAGAAUACAGUUAAAAGAGUCAUCAAAGCAUUGCCCAGAGUUGGAGUUGGUAUCAAGUACGGUUUACCACAAACUAGACGGGCGUCCAUGAUGUCUCCCAGGCAAUUGAUGAGAAACUCGAACAUGACUCAAAAGUGGCAGCGCCGCGAGAUAUCCAACUUUGAGUAUCUAAUGUUCCUAAACACCAUAGCCGGACGAACUUACAACGAUUUGAACCAAUAUCCAGUUUUUCCGUGGGUUCUCACCAAUUAUGAAUCGACUGAAAUGGACCUCGGUCUCCCAUCCAACUACCGCGAUCUAUCAAAACCCAUCGGAGCGUUGAAUCCCAGCCGCAAAGCCUACUUUGAGGAGCGGUACGGCUCUUGGGAAAACGAAAGCAUUCCGCCAUUCCAUUACGGUACCCAUUACUCGACUGCGGCUUUUGUACUCAAUUGGCUGAUCAGGAUCGAACCGUUCACCACGAUGUUUUUAGCUCUACAAGGUGGCAAAUUCGACCAUCCCAACCGAUUGUUUUCUUCGAUAGCGCUGUCUUGGAAGAACUGCCAACGAGACACUUCAGACGUCAAGGAAUUAAUUCCUGAAUUGUUUUUCCUGCCCGAAAUGUUGUCCAACGACAACGAGUACAAGUUAGGACAUCAAGAAGACGGUACCUCGGUGGAUAACGUCGAGUUGCCGCCGUGGGCUACUUCGCCCGAAGAGUUCAUCAGGAUCAACAGAAUGGCUUUGGAAUCCGAAUUCGUAUCGUGUCAACUACACCAGUGGAUCGACUUGAUAUUCGGAUACAAGCAGAGAGGACCGGAAGCCAUAAGGGCGUCCAACGUGUUCUACUACUUGACGUACGAAGGAAGCGUCGACAUGGACACUAUAACCGAUCCGAUAAUGAGGGAAGCCAUCGAAAAUCAGAUACGUUGUUUCGGUCAGACGCCUUCACAACUGCUGAUGGAACCGCACCUGCCCCGAAGUUCGGCUAUGCACAUCUCGCCGAUGAUGUUCACAAGCAUUCCUGACGAUGUGUGCAUGACCAUGAAGUUCCCGUCCAAUUCGCCGAUUUGCCACAUAUCGGCGAACACAUUCCCUCAGCUACCUAUGCCAGCGGUCGUAACCGUAACUACCAACAUGCAGUUUGCAAUAAACCGAUGGAACACUAAUUAUUCCGUGACUAUUCAAUCUCCCAGUUACGCCGAAAGCCCUCAGCAGCCAAACGUAAACUUACCUCUGGUCAUGGAUCAAAUUUUGACUCAAUCUAAUAGCAAUAUGAAUGUGACAUUAAAACGCCAUCUGGGGGACAACUUUAGUCAGAAAUUGAAAAUCAAGUGGAAUUGUUUUGUUACGACAGUGGACAGUCGUUUCUUGAUCGUUUGUGGUUUUUGGGACAAUAGUUUCAGAGUUUUUUCCACAGAGACUGCCAAAAUUGUUCAAAUUGUAUUUGGCCAUUAUGGAGUAGUGACAUGCUUGAGUCGCAGUGAAUGCAACAUUACUUCAGACUGUUACAUUGCAAGUGGAUCAUCCGAUUGUACCAUUCUAUUGUGGCAUUGGAAUGCGAGAAGUCAGACGAUAGUCGGGGAAGGGGAUCAUCCGACUCCUAGAGCCACAUUAACAGGUCAUGAACAACCGGUCACUUCAGUGGCCAUCUCUGCCGAACUUGGAUUGGUCGUAUCUGCUUCUUCAGGUGGUCCGGUUCUUGUUCACACAACGUUUGGUGAUCUCCUUAGGUCACUAGACCCUCCUAAUGGUUUUGAAAACCCUGAGUGUGCUGUCAUGUCUCGAGAAGGCAUAAUUGUUGUAAACUAUGAACAUGGUAGCAUUGCAGCAUUUACAAUCAAUGGAAAAAGACUGAGACAUACUACACACAAUGAUAAUAUCCAAUGUAUGUUGCUAAGCAGAGAUGGUGAGUACUUGAUGACUGGAGGUGAUAAAGGAAUUGUUGAAGUGUGGAGAACAUUUAAUUUAUCAUUACUCUACGCUUUUCCGGCUUGCGAUAGCAGUGUACGAUCAUUGGGACUCACACAUGAUCAAAAAUUUUUAUUGGCCGGACUGUCUACUGGAUCGAUUGUCAUAUUCCAUAUUGACUAUAACAGAUGGCACCACGAAUUCCAACAGAGAUAUUAA